UUCCCUUUAAAUCUUGCACGUCAGCUGCUAGUAGCCGAAUCCGUGCUUAAAUGUAACGGGUAGGAAAUUGGUAAUCAAAAUUUCCGGCCUGUAAUCUUUGAACCAAGUUACUCCUCAAUAAAACUGUGUUCUAGUGAUUACUGUUAUUGUGAUGUACUGACCCCAAAGCAUGAGAAUAUGCAUCGCCUCGGAUUUCUUCUACCCGAACAUGGGCGGAGUGGAGGAGCACAUCUUCAACCUGUCGCAGUGUUUGCUGUCCCGGGGCCACAAAGUGGUCAUCAUGACGCACUCGUACGGCGACCGGAAGGGCAUCCGCUACAUGACCAACGGCCUCAAGGUUUACUACAUUCCCAUCAAGGUGUUCUACAACCAGGUCAUUCUGCCGACCAUGAUCUGUAACAUUCCACUGCUGAGGUACAUCCUGGUCCGGGAACAGAUCGAAAUCGUGCACGGCCAUUCGGCGUUCAGCACGUUGGCGCACGAGGCCAUGAACGUGGGCCAGCUGCUCGGGUUGAGGUCAGUAUUCACCGAUCACAGUUUGUUCGGAUUCGCGGAUUUGUCGGCUGUGGUCACUAACAAAUUCCUGGAAAUAUCUCUUGCGAACUGCAAUCACUGUAUUUGCGUUUCUCACACGGGUAAAGAGAACACGGUGCUUCGAGCCAAAGUGCACCAGGAUAAGGUUUCGGUGAUACCGAAUGCCGUGGACACGGCACAUUUCACCCCAAACCCGUGCCACCGGCCAUCGGAUCCGGAUCGCAUCAACGUGGUGGUCGUUUCGCGGUUAGUCUAUCGCAAAGGAGUCGACCUGCUGGCAGGAAUUUUACCAAAGCUCAAACAUUGUCCCAACAUUCAUUUCAUUGUGGGAGGUGAUGGACCCAAACGGGCGUUGCUGGAGGAGAUUCGAGAGAAGAAUAACAUGCAGGAUCGGGUGACGAUGUUGGGUGCCUUGGAGCACAGCCAAGUGAGGGACGUUCUUACGCAAGGACACAUCUUUUUGAACACCUCACUGACCGAGGCCUAUUGCAUGGCGAUAGUGGAAGCAGCUUCCUGCGGAUUGCAGGUGGUUUCAACGCGAGUCGGAGGAAUCCCCGAGGUUCUGCCAGAUAGCUUAAUCAUUCUGACGGAGCCCACGGUGGAAUCCGUGUACCGUGGAUUGAUGGUAGCAAUUAGACGAGAGGCCGAGAAGAAACAGAUCGGGUGCAUGUAUAUGAAUGGCAGCAUGGAUGGAUCGGUUGGGGCAUGCCGGGAAUGGAGGGGAGGCGGGCCGGUUUGUCCGUUCGAGAGGAACAAUAUGGUAGCUAACUUGUACAACUGGGACAACGUGACGGGUCGGACGGAGAAGGUCUACCGAAAGGUGCUCCAGGAGAAGGAAUCCACACUCGGACCAAUGAUGGUCAACUGCCUCCGCAGUGGCGUGUGGCCAUUCCUGCUAGUCAUUUCGCUUUGCCACUUGAUUCUCCGUUUCCUGGAUUGGUUCGUGCCGCGCAAAUACAUCGAUCGCUGCCCGCUGGACAAUCCCUUCUGGGAGGGAACCGUCGCCAGUCGCAGCCGGCAAUCGUUGAACGACGUCCGGGUGCAUGUGCAUCCCAUUCCCGGUUCCAGUUCCUCCGCCGCCACCACCACUGGUAAGUCCACUUCGUCUUUCAAUCGACACUCCAAACGCCACAAACUGUCAGGGGCUACGACCUCUUGACGGCCAUCGCUACUGAGUUCCUCCUUUAUGGCGGAGGAAGAGUUUUGAGGGAGUUUAGGGGUAUUAAUAUUGUGCAAAGAGAAUUUACAAGCAAAGCUCAUUGUGGGAAAUAAAAAAAGAGUCUUUUUUCUGUGUAGUAUAACGACAUGUUUUAUAUUUUUGUAUAUAGGUAGCUUUUAAAAAACUUUCCAAAAAUUUUAUUAAAUACGAAACAAUACAAAACGA